CACCUGUAGGGCUGCUUUAAUUGACCUGCCCCACAGUCUCCAAAUCACUCCUGGAAGACAGCGGUGGGAGGCGCACGGCCAGCUCCUCGAGGCGAGGAGAGAUGCUGGACGCUGGGGACCAAAGCCUGCCCUGCGCUUAGGCCUCCUCCAGCCAAUGCUGCCAGGGAUCACUGACCUGCUGGCCGCCAGGGCCCGAUCCCGGGAGGCCCUCCUCCUGACUUGCCGACGUCACUCAGCUCCAGGCUGCAGAGAAUUCGGGAAGGUCGCAGAGCCAACAUGGAUCCCAACAGCGAUCAACCCCUGAACAGACUUGGGUCACAAGUUAAUAAAGAUCACAAACGAUAUAAUCUUCAGCAGAUGUCACCCCCCUGCGCAAAUCCCGCACCUCCCUGGAGACCUUCAGAAAGGUGGGGAUCCCCAUCAUCGCAGCGUUGGUGAGCCUGCUGACCAUCAUAGCCAUGGCUGUCCUCAUCAAGGUGCUUCUGGACAAUUACUUCCUCUGUGGGCAGCCCCUCCACUUCAUCCCGAGGGAGCAGGUGUGUGACGGCCAGCAGGACUGUGCCUCAGGGGAGGAUGAGCAGCACUGUGUCAAGGAAUUCCCCGAUGGGCCUCCAGUGACAGUCCGCCUCUCCAGGGACCGAUCCACCCUGCAGGUGCUGAACCUGGCCACAAAGAACUGGGCCUCCGCCUGUUUCGACAACUUCACAGAAGCUCUGGCCAAGACAGCCUGUGGGCAGAUGGGCUAUGACAGCAGCAAACCCAUCUUCAGAGCCGUGGAGAUUGGCCCAGCCCAAGACCUGGAUGUUGUCAAAAUCACAGAGAACAUGCAAGAGCUUCAGGUGCGAAACUCAAGCGGCCCCUGUCUCUCAGGCUCCCUGGUUUCCCUGCAGUGCAUUGCCUGCGGAAAGAGCCUGAAGGUCCCUCGGGUGGUGGGUGGGCAGACGGCCUCUGUGGAUUCUUGGCCUUGGCAGGUCAGCAUCCAGUAUGACAAACAGCACAUCUGUGGAGGGAGCAUCCUGGACCCGCACUGGAUCCUCACGGCAGCCCACUGCUUCCGGAAGCAUCUCGAUGUGUCCAGCUGGAAGGUGAUGGCAGGCUCAGACAAACUGGGCAACUUCCCAUCCCUGCCUGUGGCCAAGAUCUUCAUCAUCGAGCCAAACAUCACGUCCCGCAAAGAGCGGGACAUGGCCCUCGUGAAGCUGCAGCUCCCACUCACGUUCUCCGACACAGUCAGGCCCAUCUGCCUGCCCUUCUCUGAUGAGGAGCUCCCUCCAGCCACCCCACUCUGGAUCAUCGGAUGGGGCUAUACAGCAGAGAACGGAGGGAAGAUAUCUGACAUACUGCUGCAGGCAUCUGUCCAGCUCAUUGACAGCACUCGGUGCAAUGCAGAGGAUGCGUACCAGGGGGAGGUCACCAAGAAGAUGCUGUGUGCAGGCAUCCUGGAGGGCGGUGUGGACACCUGCCAGGGUGACAGCGGUGGGCCUCUGAUGUAUCGCUCUGACCAGUGGCAAGUAGUGGGCAUCGUGAGCUGGGGCUAUGGCUGUGGGGAGCCGAGCACCCCGGGAGUGUACACCAAGACCACAGCCUAUCUCAACUGGAUCUACAAUGUCCGCAAGUCUGAUCCAUGAUGCUGCUGCCCCCCUGCAGUGCUGGAAACUGCUUCCCCCCGCCCCACCUUGUCCACCUGGGCAUCCCCCAGAAAUCAGGCACAGAGCAAGAGCCCCCUUGGACACAUAUCUCUGCCCACACCCUCAGCAUAUCUUGGUACAGCAAAGGACCUCCAUUCCUGUUAAGAGACCCCACAGCCCACAGGCACCCAGGAAGUCAGCAGCCCCAGCUCAGCUGCCUCUGAUGCUCCCAGCAUCCCAAGGUGGGAGAGGCACAGCCCACUGAACAAGCCAGCUUCCAGGCUGAGGUCCCAGAAGGCAUUGCUAAGCCAGGAAAGAACUUUCUACUCUACUGAAUGGAAACCGCUGCUCUUCUGAGAGCCCAGAUCAAUAAUAGAAAUCCUCAAAGGCCAAAAACAUCAAAAUAAAAUAAAACAAAACCAUCAGAAUUGUGAGCUGAAACUAAGGUGGAUAUCUGGGAGCAAUGGCUAACCAAUAUCUUUGGUUGCCCUGGGACACAGACCUACAUUAAGGCUGAGAUCAGAACUAAACCCAGACUCACUGCAGGUAGGGAAGCUGCACCUGGGAUUCCCACAUGGAACAGAGACCAUUGAAUGGGGUAAAUGUGAUCCCAGGUGGCAGAUCUAAUGAAGGAUGAAAACAUCCCACAGUUAGAGCCUCAGGAUUCCCAGACAGAGAUCCUCCAAACAUGAGCUCACAAAGAUUGGCCAACAUUUUAAAAAAUAAAAACCACCAUGGUUUUCCGUUUUCAAAAACAGAAAAUAGAACCUCAAGGACUUUAGGUGUUAGAAUUAUCUAUAAUAAGAACUAAUAGAGUAUUUCUAUGUACUGUACACGAUUCUAAGUGCCUCAUCAUGUAUGGAUUCACUUAAUACUCACACAAACCUAUGAGAUAGGUACUGUUCUUAUCCCCAUUUUAAGGAUAAGAAAACUAAGCAAAAUGAGAUUUAGGACCUUGCCUGAGGUUACAUACUGGUAAGUUGAACAUGAGCAUUCUGACUCCAGAGUUCAUGCUAUAAACUACCACACAUUCACAUUGUUGUACAUCCGUCACCACCAUUCAUCUCCAGAAUAGUUUUCACCUAGCCAAACUGACACUCUGUACCUAUUAAAUAAUAACCCUAUUUCUCCCAUACCCCA